AUGCGGAUCCAGGGAUGGCUCGCUCUGCUAGCGCAGAUCGCACUGGCGUCCAGCGCCCUGGGUGUGAAUGCGGACUAUGUGGUCAAAGAAGACGUGGUUGUACCACGCGGCUGGGUGCGACGCGCCCCCGCCCAUGGCAGUGAGCGCGUGCCGCUGAGCAUUGCGCUGCGCUCGAACGCAGAUGAGCGUGUAGUGGACGCGAUUCAGCGUACGUCGGACCCCGACAGUGACGAGUACCUGCACCACCGCACGAGGGAGGAGGUGCUCGACCUGCUGCGUCCCGCCAAACACACGAAGACGCGUGUGCUGCGCUGGCUGAUGGAGUAUGGCAUUGAUGAGAGUACGAUCUCGUACAGCGCAGCUGGAGACGUGCUGUACUUUUCGACCACCGUCGCAGAGGCGAGCGAGCUGCUAGGCGGUGCCGUCUUCGACAUGUUUGAGCGGCGCGACACAGGCGAGCAGAGCGUGCGUACGACCAAGUAUGCUCUGCCGCUCAGUGUCGCGCAACACAUUGACUAUGUGGGUGGAAGCACGACGUACUUUCCGUCGACCAAGGCGCACCGCCGCAUGGCCGAGUGGGUCGGCGACGUUUCAUGGGACGAGGUGGCCAAGACCAGCUCGAUGAACAACCCGCCGGGCGUGCCAGACUCCUGCAACGUGGCGCAUGUCACUUCGCUGUGUCUGCGCGAGUUUUACGGUAUGCACAACUACACACCGCAAUCGGACCGCUCGCACAUUGGUAUUGCGGGCUACCUGGGCGAGAAUGCCAACUACGACGACCUGAGCCUGUUUCUUAAGCACCAGCGCCCCGAUGCGUACAGGGGACACGCGACGUUCGACUAUGUGACGCUGGGCGGCGCGCACAAUGUGCAGAAUGCAUCAAAGGCGGGAGGCGAGGCCAACCUCGAUGUGCAGGCGGUCCAGGGCGUCGUAUGGCCGAUGCGCACGACGUACUACCUGACGGGGACCAAGCCGCCAUUUAAGAAGGACCAGGUGACGACGAAGAAUACCAACGAGCCGUACAUGGUGUUCCUCGAGCACAUGAUCGGUCUGGGCGACGACGAGCUGCCGGCUGUGCUGACGACAUCGUAUGGCGACGACGAGCAGACGGUGCCGGAGCCGUACGCGCGCCGCGCGUGUACGUUGUUGGCUGCGCUGGGCCUGCGCGGCACGAGCGUCUUUUUUUCCUCGGGCGACCAGGGCGUGGGCGGCAACCACGAGGAGGACUGCGUGUCCAACGACCGGCGCCACCGCCGCACAUUCCUGCCCGAAUUCCCUGCAUCGUGCCCGUGGGUCACGACGGUGGGCGCGACGUACAAAUUUGACCCCGAGGUCGUGACAGUGAAGAACUAUACAUUCAUUACGUCGGGCGGCGGCUUCUCCAACUACUUCCCGCGCCCCUUUUACCAGGAGCAUGCUGUGCACAAGUACCUGACCGUGUACCAGGACGACAAGGAUCAAGGUUGGUACAACCCACUGGGCCGCGCCUACCCGGAUGUGUCCGCACAGGGCUCGCGCUUUGUUAUUGCCAUCAACGGCAAGUUUUCCCUCGUUUCGGGCACGAGUGCCUCGACCCCGCUGUUCGCCUCGAUUGUGGCGCUGCUGAACGAUGCGCGCUUCGCCAAGGGACUCCCAUCGCUUGGUUUCCUGAACCCACUCCUGUAUAAGCGUCUCGCGCAUACGCCAGGCUUGCACGACGUCGUAAGUGGCUCGGCCAGAGGAUGCGGCGACCGAUCGGGCUUCCAGGCCCACCGCGGCUGGGACCCCGUGACCGGUCUCGGAACCCCCUCCUUCCCCGAACUGCUUCAGCACGUUUUAGCUAGGUAG